UCUGGAUCGUCGCGAACCGACCAGGGGUUGUUCGUCUAAUCCGCAAGGUGGCAUCAAGUCGAAAUGAGGACACAUGAAUGGCAUGAAGUGGUCACGAGGUGUUACAGACCCGAUGGGGCUGGCGAAAGCUCAUGCUCGCCAUACUUCAGUUUAGCUCGUUCUUCCCCUCCUCUUUUUUUUUCCCUGAAGUUUGACCGUUCUUCUUCAAUCGUUUCUCAAGCUAGAGGAUAAGCUAAUGCAGUAGCAUCCAUGUACCUCAGCAGGUGACGUCGCGUGCAUAUCCCAGUGUAACAUAACUUUCAAACCCGAAAACUGGCUUUGCAGUUGUCUGGUUUUGUUUGAAACCGGGUAUAACGUAUAUUGCAACUAUACAUGCCGUGCCGUGCCGUCCGCUGCGCUCCUUGAUAGGUAGGAUAGACGUCACGGCACAGCGGAGACAACUCUCCUCAAACAAAACAAACAUAUAAAAAAACGCCCCGGCUUUAUCAUGUCGACAACUCUACUGGCGGCCGGGCUUUUGGUCCUACUUGCUCCGUGUCUAUAUAUCUACACGGCGUCGGUAGCGGCGACGCGAUUCCCGACGCUGCGCAACAAGCGCAUAUGCCUACUGAUCGCACACCCCGACGAUGAAGCCAUGUUCUUUGCGCCUACGGUUUUGGCCCUCACGCGCCCCGAGACUGGCAACCACGUCAAGAUUCUUUGCUUGAGCAGCGGCAAUGCGGACGGAUUGGGAGAGACGCGCAAGAAGGAGCUGGUCAAGAGCGGCAUGCUUCUGGGCUUGCGCAACGAGGACGACGUCUUUGUUAUCGAGUCUGAUGCCUUUCAAGACUCAAUGACAGCGACUUGGGACGCAACCGCCAUCUCCAACCUUCUAACGUCCGCCUUCGUUCCGAACCCAGCCGCAGGCGCAAUGAUCGAUGUCCUAGUGACCUUCGACAAAGGCGGCGUCUCGUCGCACCCGAACCACAUCUCCCUAUACCACGGCGCGCGGGCCUUUGUAUCCUCUGGAUCGGCCGUAGACCUGUACACACUGACUUCGGUCUCAUUUGUGCGCAAAUACGCCUCGAUAAUCGACGCGUUCAUGACGCUUGCUGUGAGCUGGGGCCUUCAGGGGACGUCGGAGGUCAAGAGCCCGGAAGGACUCGUAUUUAUGAACUCGUUGAUGCCGGUCAAGGCGCAGGAGGGAGGCGGUAACAAGGACGGCGGACCGAGCUAUGGAACAGCGUGGCGCGCCAUGACCGAGGCUCACAAGAGCCAGAUGGUGUGGUUCCGGUAUGGGUGGAUUACAUUUAGCAGGUACAUGGUUGUGAAUGAUUUGAAGUUGGAGGGGACGACUGCCUCGUGAUGAGGCUACUGGAAGGAUGUUAAGCGCAAGUCUGAAAUGGCUUGGCCAAGAUUGCCAAAGUAG